UGCUGAGUUGGAUGGAAUGUCUGUGGCUGCAGGUGGUGCCGGCGUGCAACAGGGCGCAGAUGCUCCAGUAGUGCGAUUCACUAACUUUUAACAACGCUACUUGCCGAGUUGUAAACUAACAAUUUUAGUUGUUUGCAGUAACGAUUGUACGAUUCACUAACGUACCCAUUAACAACACUAAGCAGCUGACUUUUGAUUUUUAUUUAAAAUGAUAAAAAGUGGCACCACUGUCAUCCGAAAUGUCAAAAUCUACGAAAAGCACAAAAGGGAACAGGAAGAAAAUAAAGCAAUUUACACAGAUUCUUCUUAGAAUGAUGGCCUCGACUAGCCAAGCAGCCAACAAGCGGAGCCGAGCUUCAAUGGAGCAGUUAAGUGGCAUGCUGGACUUCUUCUGGGAAAACCCGGGACUAGCCGGUGGGAAGUUUCAUCGGCUUCACGGGAAGAUGGAGCACGAGAAGAAGUGGGCGGAGAUGUCUUCCAAGCUAAAUUCCAUCGGAGGCGUUCAAAAGUCUGCCGAACAGUGGCGUACAGUAUGGCGCGAUUUGAAGAGCAGAACCAGUGUUCGAGUGCGCGACAGGAAAAGGCAGCAGGCGUUAACCGGCAACAAGCCCGUUAAGCAGGCUCCUUUAACAGAGCUGGAAGAGCGGGUCGUGGCCAUAAUCGGGAGCAACUAUAUUGAGGGCCACGAGUCUGUGGCAGAAAAUGUACCAAUGAACUUGGUGCUCCAAUUGGCCAUGGAAGACGGUGAGGAGAUUGUUUUAUUGGAUGAACUGGUGGAGUGCGAAGGCUUAAUAGAGGAGUAGACGCGGCCGGAAACUCCAAAAACUCCUACACUUAGAACCCCGCGCAGAGGAUUGAAGAGGAAGAGAGAGGAGGAGCAGAUCGACGUCCAAAAUAAAUUUUUGGAAAUUGCCAAAACGCAAGCCGGGGCAACCAAAAUGCUGUUAGAAAGUUUCGCCCGACUGGUGGAGGUACUAUUCCAACUGGCGGGGGAGCUCCGCGGAUACGGAGAGGGGUUGAAAGCCUGUGGUGAUGCAAUAAACAAUUUGGCCAGGGUACUCGGCCCACAAUAAUUUUUUUGAGCUAGAUUAGGUUAAGAAAAGUAAAAGCAGGUUGAGAAUUAUGUUAAGAAAGUGAAUUGGUACCUUUUAAUUUUCUGCAGAAUAUUAUAUUAUAUACAUACACUGGUGGCCUGAUAAUUAGAAACCCGAGUUCACAAAUUUUUUUAUUUUUUUCUUUAUUUGUUUUAAUUUAUUUUAAGAAAAAACCAUAAAGCAAAGUUAUAGACUUGUACAUGAUUUAGAAAAAAAAAAUUUCAGAAAGGCGUCAAUAUUUCAAGCUUUUUAAUCAGAAUUUCUGGAAAAAAUUCGUGUGUGCUGUUUUAUAACCCAUUCAAUUUUGAUAUAAAUUGUGUAACAUUUAAGUCACUCAAAAACUUCAUUGAUUGUUGAGAUUUUUUUCACUGAC